CCUUAAAAAGGGAGAUAUUCCUAUCGCAAGAUUUUUUCCGCACAAUGCAGAAAAAGAGAAAAUGGUUAUCAAAGGCAUUCUUCAUCAUAGCAGCCGUGGUACAAAGCUUAUCAGUAUGACAGAUUUUGCUGGACAAGUAGCUUAUUACGCAUGUCACCAGGUUUACUUGUCAAGGAGAGCGUUUUAUAUCGUGGUCAUUGACAUGUCCAAGGGUCUGGAAGAAGAAGUUGGAAAUUAUCACACUGAUCGCCAUAAUCCAGAAGGAUCCUUAUUCCAUUCCUGGAAAUACAAAGACUAUUUUCAUUUCUGGUUGCAAACCAUACAGACAUACUGUGAUGUCGGAAAAACACACACAGUCCAGAAAAGCACAGAUUCAAGUGGCAGCUUUCAUCCUGUUAUUAUUGUUGCGUCUCAUGCAGACAAAGUGAAAGAGGAUUUACAGAAAAUGUUUUACGAAAAACUGGAAAACUGCUUAUCUGAUGAACAAUCUUUGAAAAACCUCAUAUCUCCAAACAGAUAUCUUAAAGUCGAAUGUCCACCAAAUAAUUUGUCACCAAAACAGCUGGACACAAUGGAAUGCCUCAGAAAAUGUAUAGUAGAAACUGUAGAAAGGAUGCCACAGUGGGGAGAGGUAAUUCCUUUGAAAUGGGCAAACCUUGAGAAAGUCCUGAAUGAGAUGAAGGGUAGUGGAAUGAAGAUUAUUUUAGUACAGCAACUGAAGUUAAAAAACGAAGAUUUACCUAGCGAUAAAGAUCUUGAUUAUGGCCUUCGGUUUCUGCACGAAAUAGGUCAGAUCGUUUAUUUUGCUGAGGAGAAAAUGAAAGAUGUGAUAAUUAUUGAUGUUCAGUGGUUUGUUGAUGCUUUCAAAUACAUCAUAACUGAUGAAAAACAUUUAGCUAGAGAAAGUAGCAAAAACGUUUUAAUCAACACAGGGAGAAUUACAGAAUACGAGCUGAAAGAAACAUGGGAGAAUUCUAAAAACAAGUCCUAUAUUGAACAUAAAGACGACAUUUUACCGUACAUGGACAGACUUGGUUUAAUGACAGAAGUUCAGGAUGACGCAAGUGGUCUAAAAUAUUACAUUCCAAGCAUGAACAGAACUGAUUUUCCUGAUGCAUAUAAAUAUACAAUCAACAGUAGAGAGAAAACCUCAAUAAUGGUUUUCCGUUUCAAAACAUAUUUGCCUCAUUUUUUCUUCUUUCGACUGGUUGUAAAUUGCUUAAAUGAAUGGGAGGCUCUCGAAAAGAAAUUGUAUAAAACGCAGCAUUUUACAAGGUAGAAGACGCUAGCCAUUACAUUGCUAUUGCUGUUAACAAAACUUCUAUUCAAUUGCAAGUUUUUACUCCCGAAGGUAUGCAUUUGCAGAUUCAAUGUGUCGUAAAAAUAAGAAAAGCAGUUGAGAGACUGAUUACAAAAAUAACACAAACUUUUCACAGACAAAUUGAUUAUGAGAUUGGUUAUUACUGCAAAGACAUAAACAUAACAGACGAGGAUGGAGAUUUCUUUAUUAGUGAAAGUGACGUUAUAAAAGUAGGAUUAAGUUCUGGUAAAGGACAAAGGCCUUGUCCAAAGCAUGCCAUGGAAAACGUGCAUCCCUUUGACAAACAAAGGAUACUGCAAUUCUGGGUCUAGAAAGGUGUCAUUUCUUUUUUGUUUGCAAAAAAGGUAAUAUAAUGAUUAUUCAAUUUGGUACAAAACCUGCUUGAUCAAGAUACAUUUUUUACGGUUUUUGUUAUAUACCCUUAUGUGUAUGUAU